AUGGGUUGGGCGCGUGGUGAAGCACGCGUAGCCGAAGAUUCCGAUUUCGAAACCCUGAAACAACUCCUGGCUUCUGAAGAUGGAUGGAACCUGGAGUACGAGAAGGAAGGCGUCAAGGUGUGGACGGAGGACGCCGCACACGGCGCGCUACGAACCGUCAAGGUGGUCGCAGAAUUUGAAGACGUGGAACCGGACGCGCUAUACGACGUACUCCAUGACCCCGAGUACCGGUCGGUAUGGGACACUCACAUGUUGGCCGCGGAGGACGCCGGCCAUAUCAACGUCAACAACGAUGUCGGUUACUAUGCGAUGUCCUGUCCUGCACCGCUCAAGAACCGUGACUUCGUGCUGCAGCGCUCGUGGCUCGACACCGGCGAAGAGAAGAUGAUCCUCAACCACUCCGUCUACCACAAGGAUUAUCCGCCCCGGAAAGGAUUUGUUAGAGCUCUUUCUUUACUGACGGGUUUCGUGGUGAGAAGAAGGCAAAAUCCUGGAAGCUGGCUCGGUUACGUGUCCAGAUCAGAUCCUCGGGGGGCGCUACCGGCUUGGUUAGUUAAUAGGGUAACAGCUCAGCUAGCGCCGCGUCUCGUGAACCAGUUGCACGCGGCGUCGCGGCGCUACCCCGGCUGGAAGGCGCUCACGGACACCCCCUACUACAAGCCCUGGAGACACCCAGAACAAGUGCCCCCGCAUCGGAUCAAAUUAGAAGAUUGCAUAGAUCCUGACGCGCCCCCUCCACCUGCCGAACCGAAACCAAACACAUCAAAGAAGUUAGAAGUUCCAGUCAAACAAGAAAGCCACAGCAUCGAAGAUCUUGGAGACAUAUCAUCAGAAUUCAGCGUAGAAGUAGAAGAAUUCUCAGAACUAACACUCGAUCCUGUUAAAAAGAAAGGCAAGUUUUACAAAUUAGUUAAAUCAAUGAAAAAUAGACGAAAAAGCGUCCAAGUAGCUAAAAGUGCGGAUAAUCUCGUUGAUAAUAAGCCUGCGGAAGAGACGAAACAUGAAAAACGAAAAACGUCUUUCAAAUUUCACCGUAGAUUUAGUCUUAGCAGAGGAAGGGAGGAU